UGCGUGGACCAGUUUGACUCCAGUUCCUGCGGACAACAGGUGCGCCGUACCGCUCCGCUGACGAUGCCCGCAGAGCGCCUGUGUUCGCUCUGCGCAGCGGUUUUCAGGUUCCCCCCGCAGGUUUUUAUGUCUUGAUUUUCUUUAUUUUUCCUCCUUACCACAAAGAUGCCUUUUCCGCCUAUCAGCCUCCAGCAGCGGAUCUCCUCUCCUGGCAAGGAGCUGUUUGGGAAAAAGAAGGCCAACGGAGACCAGCCUCAGACUGAUCCAACCGGCAAACCGGGAUCCGAAAAGGAAAAACAGGCCAGUUCUUGGGCAUCAGCAAACUUAAGGAAUCUGGGGCGGAGAUCCCAGCCGGAGAAGAAUAAAAGCCAAGCUCAGAAGUCCGGUUCUGGGCAAGAGACUCAGGGAAAGGGCUCCUGCUGGCUGUCUGUGCCCAAACCACAGGAUCCAUCCUUGGGAAUAAGGCGCUCCAGCUCUAUGGACUCCGCCAGGCAUCUCAGCGGGAGAGAUGAGACAAAGAAGGAGAUCCAGUUCACCCUCAGCCUCACUCCUGAAGCCAUUCUAGUAAUUAAAAAGCGGAACCUGGAGAAACAGAUGAUGGCCAAGCAGCAGAAGUGCUGCGCCUCCGCGGACUUUCGGCACCGACGAGUUUUUCCGUCCAAAAAGGCGCACGGAGCGUCCAAGUGUUGCGCCCCGGGCGCCAAGACGGAGAGCGCGGAGCAGGACAUCACCGCUAUUGUUAAAAUAUCUCUGCUGAACGAUCAGCACAAGUACGAUGAUGUGGAGUACGAGGACGAGGAUGGAGAUGUGGAUGAGACUGUUGUGAGGAAAUGUAAAGAGUGGCUGAAAGGAGUGGAGAACGCAGCCGCUUUGGGAAAAGCAGACAAACUUUCGCACCUUAAAGGCUGCUGACGCCUGACCUAGAAUCUUUAUUUUUGUUAUUUUUAUGUCGGAAUAAAGAAAUUAUGGACAAACGAUACUUUUGCUUUUUACCAGAUUCCAAGCAAGAAAGGAUGAUCCAGGCUACUCCAAAAGAAUGUUAGUCCAUGCCGAGAUCCGGAAAGAUGUCAGUUUCAAACGGCAAAAAAGGGCAGAAUGCAAAUAAGCAUAAUGUUAACAAUAAUUAGCAAUAGUCAUCAACUUUCAAUAAUCAUCAUGAUCAUCUUUGGUUAAGUUCUGAUUUGUUUUACCAAAAGGGAUGCCAAUACUGCUGCUCUUAUCCGUUUCUCUUUGCACAUGGGUUUGUUUCCAGCAAGGUGCCUGCAUAUGGCUGAGGGGUCAGGCACCCCUUUUGUGUUUGGGGAACAAUAAACUGCUGCAGAACAGCACUGCUUCAUGUGCUAAGUGUAUGAAACUCAGCGGAGGUUCUUUAUUUCCCAUUUUAUUUAAAGGAUUAGUUUAAAUUGAUAAUUCACUAAUGUAGGGUGAAUUCAGGUAAAAUGGGAGAUUAUGUAAAAUGGGACGAAUUAAGCAAAAGAAAAAAAACCAUUUCAUCCUUGUAUUAAAUGUAUAUUACAUUAUAUAAAACGUGUAUGAUCUAAUUGUGCUUGAAAACAAAACUUGUUUGAUUGUAAAUUAGCUAAUUAAAUGAAUACCUUUUUGUCCCAUUUUACCAAAAGAUAGUAACAUGUAUCACUGAUGUUGCUACUACUGUUACUUACUGCAAACAAAUUACCCUUUGGGGAAUUAAUAAAGUAAAGUCUAAAGAUUUCGGCACAUAAAACCUGACAUAAAGUUGGAAGUGAAGAAUUUUCUGAACAAAAUAACCACAAAAACGUCUGACAUGGAUGUUUAAGAAGAUCUAGCGAGGAAUAGAUUUUCUAGCUGUACCCAAUAAUUUUGAUAAAUGAGUUAUAUUAAAUAUCACUGCUGUUUGGGUUUACAUUUUUAAAAUAAUGUUUUCUAAUUGUUCUUAAAGCAAUGGCAUCCUGAAGAGGGACAGUCAGAUAGGGAGACAAAAGCAGGGGAACACUGAAAAUGACCAGAAAAUUAGUUGGGAGGAAGAACAGGAUGAGAGGCCCCAAACGAUGAAUCAGAAACACAUUUGAGAAUGGAAGAGCAUCCAUAAAAAAAACAUUAUUUACAUGUAAAUUGUCCCAAUUCACCAAACGUGUCAAAUAAAAAAUAGUUUUGUGUCAAUCACAAUAAAACGGUGAGACACACUUCGCACACUUAACUUUCCUCAUGUAAACUGAGUCGACACCUAGAACAAUUUAAAAAUGAAUGACACUGGUUUUUAACCUUGAUUACACAGAAAAAUGUCCUGAUAUAUCUGAAUUCACCUUAUUUUAAACCACUAAAGAAUAAUACAGCCAAUAACUUAAAUCUAAGAGUUUGCUCUUGCAUAUUUCUUAUUUAUUUAUUUUUUUCAGAUUUGUAGUAAUUUAGGUCUCAUCUUGUUUCUGUUUCCCACACUGCAUCUUUGUAAAGGCUCUUUGUUUCUACUGUGUAGCUACCUGGGGCCAGUUGGGCAUUAGCACUCUAAGCUUCUUAGAUUUCCUGUUAAGCAGGGUUUGCCAAUGUGCUGCAUGCUCUAUGCCCAGGUGCACCAUCCCUUCAGGAAAUCACCUCCAGAAUAUGUUUGUUACAUCAAACUUAAUAUUCCAAUAAUGUUUAUACAUAAAAUGACACUGUAUGUAUCGCAUUGCUUUCUAAGUUCUCUAUUGUUUUCUGCGCUGAUAACUAAGUUUUUUUUCCCCUGGAAGUGUGCUGCUCAGGGAAAAACAGCUGAUCAGGAAACAUGGUGGCAAAAUACAGUCAAUGUCACAGUGGAAGAGCAAUAAAGUCAUAUAAGGAGCUU